AUGUGCAAAUCUCCCACUCACACGUUCUUGGCGGACCUCCCAAAAUGCGAACAUCACCUCCAUCUAGAAGGCUGCCUCAGUCCAAGCCUUCUAUUCACUCUAGCGUCUAAGAACAACAUCACCUUGCCAUCGCCAUCUGAGGAUGUCUCUUACACGUCUCCUGCAACACUCACCGAACGCUAUUCACAUUUCACGAACCUCGAUGACUUCCUGGCGUACUACUACCGUGGCAUCGCAGUCGUAGUGCACCAAGAGGAUUUUGAGAUGCUUGCAUGGGAGUAUUUCACCACUGCAGCCAAGGACGGAGUUCGUCAUGCGGAGGUUUUCUUCGACCCGCAGAGUCACACGGAAAGAGGAAUUGAUUUCGAUGUUGUGGUACGUGGCUUCAACGCCGCAAGAGUACGGGCGGAAAAAGAGCUGGGAAUAACGAGUUGUCUGAUCAUGUGUUUUUUGAGGCAUCUGCCUGCUAGUUCCGCGGCGGAGACCAUGGCAUUGGCCGUCAAGGGCGGGCACUUUGAUGUUAAAAGCGACAGCCAGGAGCGCGCUAUUACUGGACUUGGGCUGGACUCGUCAGAGGUUGGAUUCCGCCCAGAACUCUUUGUGGACAUGUAUCGCGAGGGCGAAAAGAGAGGUCUACGGAGGACAGCUCAUGCGGGUGAAGAGGGUGACCCAACUUACAUUAGCGGAGCACUUGAUGCGUUACAAGCCGAACGCAUCGACCACGGCAUCCGUCUCACAGAAGAUCCCGAACUACUUAGCCGAGUGGUAAAAGAGGAGGUACUACUGACGGUUUGCCCUUUGAGCAAUGUCUGCCUCCAGGCUGUGGAGAAGGUCAGCCAAGUGCCAAUCAAGACAUUUCUCGAUGCAGGUGUAAAAUUCAGUAUCAACAGCGACGACCCAGCGUACUUUGGUGGAUACAUAUUAAACAAUUAUUGCGCGGUGCAAGAGGCCUUCAACUUAAGCAUGGAGGAAUGGAGGACAAUCGUUAGCAAUUCGAUUCACGGCAGCUGGAUAGGAGAGAAGCGAAAGUCUGAACUAUUGGGCCUGCUCGACGCUUGCAUGAACAAGCAUGCUUAG